UUGGCAAUGACAAAGAAAUUUCAGGAGAAGAGAAGAAACAUGAAGAAGGCAUGAAAAAAUUAUCAGAACCUUUUCGAGAACUGUCAGAAACUGUGAUACCCGAUAUAGAGAGUCAAACCUUGGAACAUAAAAUAAAAAAACUCCAAGAAUCAAUUCAACACAUAGACUCAUCCAGAGAAUUGACUAUUAAAGAAUUUUAUAAAGUUCUAAAAGAAAGAAAUGUUGCUCGAAAGAAAAUAGUUUGUUUAGAAAAUCAUGAAAGGUAUAUCGAGCCAAUUGAAGAAGAAAUUCAGGAAUUGAGUCUAUGCGCAAAAACCCCUGGAGAAGCCUCUUAUAAGGAAAGUUCAAAAAAUGAUCUGCGGGAUAGAUAUUCGACUUUUUUAUAUACACCUGAUGAACAUGAUAAUAGGGAACCUAAGAUGGGAUUGGGAGAAAAUUAUACUUCUUAUCAAUUAGACAAAAAUGUAUAUCGUCGUAAGCGUAUGGACAACGGUUUCUUAAAACAUACGGAGUUGGUUGGGAUAUAUCAUGAAGAUUAUGAAAGGGUAUUGGUGUUUGCAUCUAGUUUAAUUGGAGAAUCAAUUUACAGAUUGCAAGAAUCGAUAAGGAAAGUGGAACUUGAUCUAUACGAAUCGAUUGAGAGAGAAAAUCUGUAG